AUGGGAUCAUACUAUCUCCAGAUCAACACCGAGGAGCCCGAGGUGAUCAAGCCGGCAUCGCCCACCAAGAAAUGCGCGCUUUACCUCAAUAAUUUCGACCAGCAAGUGUUCUUCCACGUCGAGAUGCUGCUGGUGUACGAUGUUGGUCACGGGGAGUAUAGCAUCCAGCUGGGUGACGAUCUUCGUGACGAUGGCGGAGCUAUGAUCGAGAGCUUCCCCGAGGAAGUUCCACUCUUGACUGUCCAGGUAACGCGAUUCCGCUGUGGAGGAUUCAUCCUGGGCUUCUUCAUCAGCCACGUCGUCAUGGACGGCAUCUCCAUCAGCGAUUUCCUCCACGAUUUCGCGACGAUCACGCGAGGGGAGGCCGUGGAGCUCGCACCGCGCGACCCGGAUCGCUCGUGCUUCCGCCACCGAUCGCCGCCACUCGUGACACGCGACCACCCGGAGCUUGCGGCCCUCCCGGCCACUCCCGCCAAGCUCCUCUUCAACCCCUCCUCCUGGUACGACGCCACCGCGCCACUGCCCAUCGCGUUCAAGACCUUCUCCUUCACCGCGCGCGACCUCGCGGCGCUCAAAUCGCGCGCGCUGGCGGAUGGAUCGCUCAACAGCUGCUCCACAUUCCAGGCGCUCACCGCGCACGUCUGGCGCGCGCGUACCGCCGCCAUGGGCCUCGACCCCGCCGCCAUCUCCAAGCUCUUCGUGGUGAUCAGCAUCCGCGACAAGCUCAAAGCCCCGCCGCAUUUCCCCGAGAGAUUCCUGGGCAAUGGCGUCAUCGCGGCGCCGUGCGUGAACACCACCGCCGCCGAGCUCCGCGAGAACUCGCUCACCUUCGCGGUGCGCAGAAUCCAGGAAACCAUCGCCAGCGUGGACGAGGGGUACAUCCGCUCGGAGCUCGAUUGGUGCCACGUCAAGGGCCACGGCAUCAUCGACCUGCCAGGUGGCAUGAUCAUCACCACGUGGUCGAGGCUCGGGUUUGACGCCGUUGACUUUGGCUGCGGGCGGCCUGCCUACGUGGCGGCCCCGGUCAACGACCGUCGGGAGUACGUGCUGGUGCUGUCUAGCUGCAAGAACGAUGGCGGCGUUAACUUGUUUAUGGGGAUGGAUUUUGAUAAGAUGGCCAAGCUGGAGGCUUUGCUCAAGGUAUGAAAGAGUGUAUAUGUAAGAAAUUCCUGGUUUUCUUCUGGAAUAAUUUUGCUGGUACCAAUCUGUCAACUAGUUUUCUGAUAGAUUUGUAUACGUAAGAAAAUUCCUAGUUUUCUUAUGGAAUAAUUUUUGUUUUGUAGAAAGCUGACUUAGUCUUAUAACAAAAUUUCUUCUAAA